AUGUCUUUGCAGCACAAUUUUUCAAAGGUUUUCAUUACAUCAGAUUUGCAAUUAGUAGGGUAGAAUGUAGAUUUUUUCUAUGAAUAAAUAUAUCAUUAAUAUCAGUUGGUGUAUUUUCUAAAGGUACCUUAAAAAAGUUUUUAAGACAUAACUUUCUUAAAAACCUAUUAAUGUCUAAAAAAGAAUUAAAUUUAUCUAAAUUACAACUAGGGGGAAAAUUAAAACCCUUUCUAAAAACAUUAACAUGCGCUUCCGUUAAAACUUUAUUAGAUAAAUUAAAAAUUCUAAAAUUAUCAUUAUCUUUUUUUAAAUUUAUUUUCUCCAAAAGUUCUCGUUCCUCCUCUUUUUUUCCCUUUCUUCCUUUAAUUCUAUUUCUUCCUCUCCUAGUUCUCUUGAUCUUUUUAAUGGGGUAUGUCAUUGUCUCUUUUCCCUUAUUUCUAAGGGUCUUAUCCCUAAAAAAUCAUUUGAGUCUUGAUUUUUAAGGUGCUCAAAUCUGUUAGAGGUUUCAAAGAUUUCUUUUCUUUUUGGGGUCCGCCUAAUGAAAGGUUUUCUAUUUCUAUCAUUAUCAGUCCCACAGUCACUUUGUUUCAUUGAUUUUUUUAGACCUAACUUCAGUCCAUUUAUCAUUAUCUUUAAAAAAUUGACUAAGAGGAUCUUCUAACUCCCUUCUGGACCGAGAUCUCCAUCUGGCUGCUACUGGCUGUACCAGGUCUCUAUCUGUUUUUGCAUUUCUAUUGUUAGGACUUUGGUACCUUCUAUUAUGUUUCACUGUGGGAAAAACUCUUCUUUUCUGAUAAUUAGCCUUCUGUUCAGACCUAAUAUUACCACUCUUAUAAUCUUCUUGAUCUCGCUGAAGUUUUCUUUUUUUAUUUUCAAUUACCUUAACCUCUAUAUUUUUUAUUUUUAUGAUCAUUGUAUCUAUAAUUUCAUUUAAUUCUUCCAUCACUUUAAAUGGUUCUAAUUGAGAUUGAAUUUCUCUGAUGGAAAUAUCUAACUGGUUUAAAACCUGUGAUUUUUGUUCUAUUAAAAUACCAUAUGUUUGGAAAAAGAUUCCAACGAAUUAUUCCAAAUUUGCAUAAAAACUGGAUUGUCUUGGUCUGAUGUUGGGAGUUUAUAAAAUCUGAGACCUCUAGGUGUAAUUUGGAGGGAAGUAUAUUUUUCGAACAUAAAAACUUCCCAUUUUAGCUUCAUUUCUUUGAUCAGGAGUCUUUCUAAUUGUAGACAAGUAACAUCCAAAUUAUUAGAAAUAAUUCCACUAAUAACUGUAUUGUUACCAGAAUAUUUUUUAUCUAGGUCUUUCAACCAUCCUGAUCUUAAUUGACCAAUAGACAUAUUCAAAAAUAGAUUAUCACCGAAAAGUGGCUAAGACAAAUAGUAAAAUAUAAAACGUACGGUGUAAAAUAAUUUGAACAAAUACUGGUGCUACUAUUACCUUAGUGGGCCACAAUAACCACUAAAAUAACACAAGUGAAGAAUAAAUAAAAUAUGGUGAGAGCACACAAAACACAAUAAUAUUACUCACAGUAGAAUUACUCUCUGAAAAAAACACAGAAAAAUAACAUAGGGUAAUACCGUAAUAAACAAUAAAACAACGUAUGGAUAAAAUACACUCACAUACGAAGAGCCAAUGGGAAGAGCCAAUGGUAGUAUGGGAUAAGAAGAGAUCUAUAAACAGCUUGAAGAUGUUAAAACAUACAAAGAACUGACACAUUUAUUUAUUUUGAGUAUUUUUUUUUGCAAUCAAUGAAUUUUGUCUAUACAAUAUUAUAUUGAAUUAUUAAGUGAAGCAAUGAACUUUAUCUAAAGCUUUUUUUUGAGUGCAGUAUCAUUUUUUGGUGUUUUAUUAACCGGUUCCAGCCUUGUGACUAAAUAAGUUGCAUCCCCUUAAUAUAUUACAGAGGGAGCAAAUUCCAUACUUUUGCUAGUCCAGAAACAAGCAGUUUUAGCAACUUAUACCCAAAAUCGUUUUUGCCGUGAUAAUAAAUCCCCCCUAUAGCUUAGCACUUUCCUAUAAAACAGGAGCCACUUUACACUUUUUUAAAAAUUAUUAUUAUUGGUAUUUAUAUAGUGCCAGCUUAUUCCGCAGCGCUUUACAAUAAGAGGGGAAUUUACCAAAUGAGACAAUAACAAAGUGUAACAGGAACAAUAGGUAGUUGAAGACCCUGCUCAAAUGACUCUACAAUCUCGAGGAGGUAUAAAAACACAAUAGAAAGGGUAUUGAGGGAGACAGCAAAUAGACGUGGUAGGAAAGUAGCAGAACUGGAGGUGAGAGUGGAGUGUGUCACUUUAGGAGAACAAGAGGAAGGAUUAAGAGAUAGAAUUUACUUUUGGAAGCCGUAAGCAUUCCUAAAAAGAUGAGUUUUGAGAGACUUCUUAAAGGAUUGACAACAGUGUCAAAGGCAGCAGAGAGGUCAAUGAGAAUUAGUAUGGAGUAGUGGCCUUUUAGCUGCAAUUAGAUAAUUUGUAACUCGAAUCAGAGCAGUCUCUGUGGAGUUGAGGGGGCAGAAUCUAGACUGAAGAGGGUCAAUGAGAAAGUUGGAAUUGAGGAAGCAAGUCAGAUGGGUGAAGACAAGUCUUUCCAAAAGCUUUGAGGAAAAAGGGAGCUCCUUCCAAAGAGACGAUAGUUGGAAGGGAGAGUUGGGUCAAGAGAUGGCUUUUUGAAGAAGUAGCAUUUUUAAGGGGAGCUGGGAAAACAUCAGAAGAAAUAGAGCAGUUGAAGAUGUGUGUUAAGGAAGGCACAAGACAAGGGGAGAGAGAUCUGAUGAGGUGGGACAGGAUGGGAUCAAGCGGCGGGGCUAGAGGAAAUGAGAAUCACCGCCACCUCUUGGUAUGGUCCAAGUGAGGUUGAGAUGGAUAGGGGAGAAUAGGGGAGAAUUAAUUCAUUAACUGUUUAAUCUUGUCAGUAAAGUAACAUGCAAAGCUAUUAGCUAAAAGAUUAGUUUGUGGGGUAGAAAACAGCAGGGCGAAGAAGAGCGUUAAAGGUAUUAAAAAGAUGCCUAGGAUUGUGGGAGCAUGAACUAAUGAGAGUGGAAAAGUAGGACUGUUUAGCAAGGGUAAGGGCUGCACUGUAUGACCGCAAGACAAAUUUUAAUGGAGAAAGUCUGACAAGGUGCGAGACUUCCUCCAACAGCGUUCAGCUGAAUGGGAGCUUUAAACAUAAUUGUAAGUGAUAAAAUCUACGUAAAAGAAAGGAUACUUGGAAUAGUCUUACAGUGAAGGCAGUAAAUGCUAAUGGUGAAAUAGAAAGGAUGUAUUUUGGGGGGCUAUUGAUAGGUCAUCCAUGUUCCAUAACCCAAAGUGCCAUAAGGACAAUUCACAAAGAAACAAACCAGACAACAAUGAGCAUUUUGCUUUCUUUUGUGGUCAGCUUUGUGUAAACAAUUUUCAUAUAUAAAUCUGAAAGGAUAAACAGUGCUUUAUAGCAGUGUUUCCCAACCCAGUCCUCAAGGCACACCUACCAGUCCAGGAUUUAGGGAUUACCCAGUUGUGUCUAAGGUGUUUUUUUUCUUCUUUGUAAAAACACCUUAGACACAACUGGGUAAUCCCUAAAUCCUGGACUGGUAGGUGUGCCUUGAGGACUGGGUUGGGAAACACUGCUUUAUAGUGCAGGAUCUCUGAAUUAUUUGAAUCCCUUAUUAAAUAUCUAUAGUAAUGCACUCACAAUUCCCAGAGCCGCUUCAAACCGGCACUGAGAAUUGUGACCAGAAUUUGUUUACUUUUAACAACUUUCUAUCAAAGUACCUUGCAAAACUUUCACUCUAUCCGUCUAAAGAGUGGUUCCCUUCAUCCUAUGAUAAACUAUUGAUUCCAAAACCCCAAAUUGGUGGAGCUGAUUCCAGGUGAGGAAUGAGUCUGUCUGCUACCGACACUUCUUAAUAGUAGUUUAAACUUGUUAGUAUUUUUUUUUUUUUAUUGUGUGUGCUUAAUGCAUUAUCUACAUAAUGCAGAAAUAUAAACCAGUGCUGUAUUUUAUUAGUCUUGUGUCUGGGAUUCCUUAACCCCAUUUACACUCUGCACACUCAUUGAAACAUCACAUUAAAAGUCAAUAUAUUUAAUAAAAGCAUUAAAUAUGUAAAGGUGAGUUUAAUCUGCUGUUUUUACGAUUGCUGUUUUUACAAUUUCUUUUCUUGUAGAACCAACACCAUCAAAAUAGAAAUGUUAAAUCACACCAAAGUAACAUAUUUCAUUAUUAAAGGGAUUUCGGAUGAUCCCAACCUGCAGCUUCCAAUCUUCCUCCUGGUUCUAUUCAUGUAUAUCAUCACUCUUGGUGGCAACAUGACCAUCUUCCUCCUGAUCUGUAUGGAUCGUCACCUUCAUACUCCCAUGUACUUCUUCCUUAGUAACUUGUCUGUCAUGGACAUGUCUUCUACCACUGUCACUCUACAUAGGAUCCUGGUGAAGUAUGUAACAGGUAAUGGAACAAUUACAUUUUUCUGCUGCAUGACACAAGUGUAUUUUUUCUCGAGUAUCACCGGUGAUCAACUGUUACUAUUAACGGCAAUGAGCUAUGAUCGUUACGCAGCGAUCUGCAUGGCUCUACGUUAUCCACUAGUCAUGAACUCCAAGACCUGUUGCCUGUUAGCCAUUGUCUGUUGGAUGUUGGGAUUUUUACAAGUUAUACCGUAUAUCAUUUUAUUAUCAAGUUAUACCUGCUAUCGUUCAAACUCUAUCAAUCAUUUCUACUGUGAUCUUGUGCCAGUCAUGAAACUCUCUUGCAGUGAUACGUUGGCUUUGGAGAUACUGAUAUUUACAGAGGGGCUGUUACUGCUAAAUCUCACCCCUUGUCUGCUUACCUUCAUCUCUUAUGUUUUCAUUAUUGUGACGAUAUUGAGAAUUCAGACAAAAAUUGGGCGACGUAAAGCUUUUUAUACGUGUUCCUCACACCUCAUAGUGGUCCUGUUUCUCUACAUUACCAUAGGAUGCCAAUAUUUAACCCCAGUAUCUACAAACACUGUGAUCUCUUAUAAACUGUUUUCUCUAUUUAACACUGCUGCUGUGCCCAUGGUUAACCCACUGAUUUACAGCUUGAGAAAUAAUGAUGUGAAAUCAGCCUUUGGACGAAGGGUGAAAUAUUUUAGAGCUUUAAUCUAA